AUUGUUUGUGAUGAUCAACCUUUUUUAACUCUUGAAUCAGAAAACUUGCAAAAUUUAUUUCAGAUAUUAAAUUCUAAUAUUAAAAUACCUUCAGCUGAUACUAUUCAUACAGAUAUAAUAAAAUGUUUUAAUCAAGAAUAUGUAAAAAUUCAAGAUAUUUUACAG